UCUGAGGUAAACUCCAGAAUAAGAGGCUCCACAUCAUGGAACUGCAGUGUUACUCACCUUUGGCUUUUCUACUAUUCAUCCAUCCGGCCAGCAGUCAACUACACAUCUAGGAUGGUAUUUUUGUAACUAUUAGGUUUUGGAAAGGAGUUACAUUUUUAAAGGUGAAAGUAUUUGAGGUCAUGGGGAGCUUAGAGAGAAUAUGGUGGAUUGUAGUAGAGUGCACCUCCAGGAUCACUGGCAUUUCUACAGCCACAGUGUUGUGCGCUGUGGGAGUGGAAACACUCCAUCAGGGAGAAUUCAGCAGCCUUGGCAUCUACCUUAUAAUAUCAUCGAUUGGCAUCAUGAUUCUUGAACUAGCCUAUUUCCUGGAUUCUCUCAUGUCCACGUGUUUGCCCUGCCCUCCAGACUGGCAGUUGUUUGUACUGUGGGGGAAGAUGGCUCGCAUUGGAGGCUUUCAUAAAUUCCUAUAUUACACCAUAAUGUCAGUGGUCUGUUUCUUGCACCCUGUGUUGGUGUGGCAUGCAGUCAUCCCAGGAACAAUGCUUCUGGUGACAGCCUUUUUCAACUUCAUACUGAGCAAGAAAACAAAGACCAAGUCCCCCAAAAGCCCACAGGAGAGCUACAGCAUCCAAGGCCCAACUGCUGUCUGUGUGACAGAAAGCACAGGCUCAGACAGCACCUUCUCAUUCUUCCAUAUGGUGACAGACAGGAGAGGACAGGGGCUGGCACUGACAAGCAGGGACCACUGCCUCAGCAUGGGAGAGAGAGGAGAUAGUGUCCAGGCUAUGCUGGAGCCGGAGCAGACAACAGCACCUAAAGCCACAGACGGGGAAAGGAGGAGGAGGUGGAAAGAGAAGAGACUAAUAUGCUUUAGAGGUGGGGAGGAGCCUGUGGAGAGGGAGAUGGAAGAGAUGGAUGGGUACUGUGAGCCAGACACCACCUCAGACACUGCACCUAUGAUUCCCGACUGAUUGUCACUGCACUUGCUGAUAACACACAAUGGAAAGCAUGUUUAUAGAAUAAUGUGUUCAGAUUGACUUGGUACAACUAGCUGGUCUUGCACCAACUUUUAGUAGAAAACACCAAUGUGUUUCGCAAGGUACAUUUUUAUGUGAUUAAACUAUAAAAAUUUAAUUUUUUUUAAAUAAAAUGCUUGACCAAUUUGUACAUUUUGAU